AACGUUAUCUGUUUUCUUCCACAGAUGAUUUCAUGAGCAGUGAGCAAGCGACUUUAGCUGGCUAUGCCUAGUUGUGUUGAAGCGACAAUAUUGGGGCGAACCAGAAAUACUUGCGUACCUUAAGGUAGCUGUGAGGGCGAGGUAGGCCUUUCGAAACACAGCCUCAUACCGCUGCUUGCAGAAAAUGAAGAAACAAUUCUUCAGAGUGAAGCAGUUGGCCGACCAGACCUUUUCGAGGGCCGAAAGAACCGAGCUGCUGUCGGACGACUUGGCCGUGGCGGACAGACGAGUGGAAGCCCUGCAGAGAGCCUGCCACGUUUCCUUCAAGAAAGCCAAAGAUACCGUGCAGGGUGUUGGUCUCGGGCUCGAUGGACCCGCGCAGGACAAGCGGCUGAAAAAAUCUCCGGAGUAUCAGCUUGCCACUGCCCUUCAGCAGGCUACGGCGGAUUUCGAAGGGCAUUCCACCCAGGCCGUGUUGAGGUAUGCUCGCGACCGUUUCUCCGUUUUCCCCCGGGUUCGUUUUGACCGUCGCCGGAACGAUUCGCCGUUCAGGGAGGCGUUCAAGCAGUGCGGGGACGUGCAGAUGAAGCUGUCGGAGCAGUGGCUGUUGUACGAGACGCAGGUGGAGCAGCACUUCCUGGCGCCGCUCGCGAUCAUCCUCGACAAUGAGUUCCCGCAGAUCGUGAAGCAGAAGGAUCGGCUCAAGAAGAUGGGGCUGGAUAUGGACUCGGCGAGGUCCAGGUACACUCAGGCUCUCCGACACGGUGCCGAACCGGGGAAGACUGAGGCCUUGAAGGAAGAACUGGAUGAUAUCCAGGCCAGAUUUGAACAAUGCAGAGACAAUCUUGCAGCAGACAUGUUCCAAGUCCUGAGUCACGAACCGGAAGUGGCUCAGCUUCUGGUGCAGCUCACCCGGCUGCAGAGAACAUAUCACGAGGAGUCGCUCAAGGCCCUCAACGAACUCCUGCCUUCUCUCGAGUCUUCCAUCAAAUCAAACCCGACACAGCGCGUCUACGGGACGUCCUUGGACGAGCACCUGAAGGUGACCGGGAGGAAGAUCGCCUGUCCCGUGGAGACGUGCGUGUGUGCCUUGCUCGAGACCGGCCUCGAAGAAGAGGGACUCUUCCGAGUUGCCGGAAGUGCUUCCAAGUUGCGACGCCUGAAGCUGGCUUUCGACGUGGGCUUGGAGAAGCCCGAGUUCUUCCGACAGACCUACCAGGACCCCCACGUCAUAGCAGGGGCUCUCAAGAGCUACCUCCGCGAGCUUCCAGAACCCGUCAUGACUCACAAUUUGUAUUCUGACUGGCUGCAGGCUGCCAAGGUGCAGGAUACAGAGAUGAGAAUUCAGGCACUAGAGAAGGUGUUGGAGAAGCUCCCCGUCAGCCACCGAGCAAAUCUCCGUUACUUGGUCAAGUUCCUUCAUCGGCUGGCAUCCAGGCAGGAUGUGAACAAGAUGACUCCCCAGAACAUUGCAAUCGUCUUCGCCCCCAAUCUCCUGUGGGGAGUGGGGGAAGAUCCAGCCACCGGGAACAUGAACCUGAGCACCGCCAAUCUCCAGUGUGUUGUAGUCGAUGCAUUGGUCACACAUGCUAACCGGUUCUUCCCUGGAGAGGAGGAGUUCUAUUUGACUGUCACACCUCAUCCUUGCGAGUCUUUGGAGAGUGACCCCGGAGAGGAAGAACUGCUGUCGAUCAGUUCCCCGUCCCCAAAUCACAUGGAUUCUUCCUCUUCUCCGUCCCCGCAUCUAUCCGACGGGCAUCAUUCUGCACCAAAUGAGCUACCAAAUGCGGCUAUCAGCACAGGGUCCCAACCCGCCUCGAGCCCCAAGGUGCACCGACGGAAGAAGCCGGCGCCCCCGGCCCCGAAGGAGCGACCGGAGAAGCCCCCACCGCCCCGCCCUCAUGCCCCCGCGAGCGUCCCCCUCGCCCCGUCCCCCGCCCCCCGCCCCAAGCCCCGACCCUUGGAACAGUUACCAGUGAUUCAUUCCCUGAACGAGGAGAACGGGAAGCCCGACGUCCCGGUGAAGCGUUCUUGGAGCCUCCACGGUGCUCGCCAGGUUCUGCCUUCCGGCCCCCCUCCCAUCGGAUUCCACGGCCUGGAGUCUCGCGUGCACGAGGCACCGGCGACCGCGCAGGAGCAGCCGACGGAGCCCCCACCGAAACCCCAGGAUCUCCUCGUCGACGAGAAGUGGAAGGAGAACGGGACGGAGGACCGCCUGCCGAGACCCAUCGGAUUCGUCGUGGAUCCCCCGCGGCCGGUUCCCGUCGAGCGGAAGACGCUCAAGUCCUCGCCCGCCUCCCAGAGUCCUCCCGCCAAGCCGAGAGAUGUGGAGGCGAGAGCGAAGCCCACGGUGCCCGAGCGGCCCUCCAUCCUGAAGAGGAACACCAUCGGCGAACACGCCGCGAACAACAGCAUCAAGGUCCAGGUCCGCAACAGUGUCUUCUCUCAGCCGUCUCCUCCGUCGCCCGAGAAAUCCGGGAGCGCCGAUGGAGAGGUCGCGAAUGCCUCCGUCCACGAUGUGCCGCCCAAGCCUCCUUUCAAGAAUGUGUCAUCGACCUCAGAGGAGAGUGAGGACGAUGUUCCUCCUCCGUUGCCUGAAAAGACCAGAAAGCAUGGCUCUGGUGAACCCAUUACCCAACAAGGGGCCAUGCCCUGUCUGGAUAUGACGGUGAAUUCUGCCGGAGGACCCGGCGGAGUGGAAGGAAGACGGAGCAGCGGCGAGGGCGAGAUGACGUGUCUGUGAUCCAUCGAUCGUCCGUCCGUGCCUCUUCGACUUCCAUCGCAUCCCAUCAAUCUCUUCUCUUCUGUUACCUGCCUAACAUUUCAACCUCGAUUGCCUUGGACUCAAGUGAUGGGAUUUCGUCUCGGGUUUGUGGCUCACGAGUUCCUCGGUUUCGUUCGAAUAACGGUUGCUUCUAGUCUCUUUGAUUCUGCUUCUUGGCAUAAUUAUUAUUCAUCUGCUUCCUUGCUGAACUUAAACCAAAAUAUUUCCGAGUUGGAGGCUCCAGAUUGCACUUCGAAAGUCACAUUCGUGCUGUCAACGUUUUUAUCUUACGGUAAGAAAAUCGGAAUCUAAAAAUUUAUGGAGGAAAAGUUUUCUUUACAGUGAAUGGUGGUCAUUCAGCAGACAGGGUUGUUUGUUAUGCUCAAUGUCAUGGUUCUUCUCAUUUUUGGUACAUUCCGUGGUCCUGGAAUAGGACUUUAAUCCUGAUCAAUGUUAUGACAUGUGUUUCUGUUCUCUUACAUUCACAAGGCGACUCUGUGAUGACUAUUUUCUCCAUUCAGCUUCCGCGUUGAGUUUCUUCACAGUGCAAUGGGAUCCUUGAAGCUCUCCUGUGAUAGACAGUUAAUUCUUUUUGGCAGUUUCUUGCCUUUUGUCCAUCUUGCACCUGAUGCUGGUGCUAGUCAUGUAUGUUUCAGUGAGUACAACCAUGCCAGAGGUCAAUACUAAGGGAAUAGAUGGACUCAGAUUCUAUGUCUCCCUGAUCUAUAUGGCAUUUUCAGUUGUCAUAUGAAUCCCAAGAUAUCAUAUUUGUAUAUCAAUUCCAAUGAGGACAAUCACAGUAGAGCUGGGGUGCUUCUGCCUUUCACAUGGGUCUGAUCUCUUCCCAGGACAGACUAUUGUUAUAGGCUAUGUAUGUAAGAACCUAUCUAUGACUUAUGCUUUUCACUCAUGUCCUCCAGAGAAUAAAGCAGGAUUAAAAUUGCCCGUCUUGUCACUUCCCAC